AUGGCUGUCGCUGAAGAUGCAUUCAAACUCCUUGGUAGAGUUGCUGAUGCUUUUGACAAUCCUUCCUCCCGGGAGUCACGAAAAGACUUGCGCGUAAACACCAUCGAGAUACACAAGCCCCAGACAAGUCGCUCAAGUCAGGAAAGUCAAGUUCAGCAUGCUCGCUAUGCCCGCCGCGAGCCCUCUUUAUUCGACGUCAGCUACAUCUACGAUGAUGACGAACUCGCCGAUGCCUCAUCGAUGAUCGGAGACCCUUCAUGCACUUCAUCCGAGACAAUCAAGAGGCUCAGCAGAAUUGCCUCAUAUGACGAUGCGUUCUAUACCUGCGAUGAUACGGCUUCCUUGGAUGAAUCAUCAUGCGGCGAAAUGACCAAGAUGUUUUUCUCCAACAGUAGUCCACUUGACAGACUCAACAACCUUGCCCGUGCCGAACUCAAAAAGACCGGCUGGUUUGAACGACCUGACCAAUGGUCUAUCGUCAACAUGGGACUAUCAAGCUCAAUGACGCACACAUCUGGACCUAUCUCUCCCCCCAAAACCCCUCCAGCCGUUCUCUCCCCAGUUCUUCCCUCCACAUCCGCCAUCACCGCCGUCCCACCUCCAUCCUUCAUCCAAAUCACACCGUCCCCGCAUUCACCCACUCCAACUCAUUUCCACACCUCUUUCAAAACCUAG